UUACCAGAGCAGAGGUCGUGCGCGUUUGUUCACUCAAGCCUGUACCACCCGCUCGGGCGGUGUCGAAAAACGGUUUCAAACAACAAUGGGAGAAGUUUGUAACGACAACGACAACAAAAAGAAGAGGAAUAAAAAGCCAUGGCGUUUAGUUGUUUGGCAAAUCUGCAACGUCGUGAUGUCGCUGUUCUUCUCUCUCGCGUCUUACGUUCAGAUUAAUGAUCCGGACGCGGGUUUGUGGAUGGUGGGUUAUGCUGUACCUGCAGUCCUGUGUUCGUUAAUAGGCUUCAAACCUCAGGUGACAGAGACUUUAACCUGGAGGCGUGUCGCUGACCUCCAUGUGAUGAUCUCCAGCGCAGUUAUUUCCAUGCUGGGAUGGAGACUUUACACAGAAAAAAUCACUCAGAUCUUCCAGCAGGAGGAGGGCAGAGAAUUUUCUGGUCUGUUAUUGACGGCCAUUUGGCUUCUCUUGUGUCGACACUCUGGAAGAGCUCCUGUUGGGAUGCUGCGAGUCUCCACAGCUGCUGCCAUCACAGUUUUCCCCAUCGUUGCCUGGCUCUACUACUACAUCAACACAGAGCUGAGGACAAACUGGCCUUCACACUGUAAAACUGCUCUUUAGGCAGAAACAUUUCUCCGUUUUCUGUCUGGUGAAACAUUCCAGUUUUUCCUGUUUGACUGAAAAUACUUAAUGAAAAAUGGCUGCUGUGUUAGAUUAAUUAAACAAGUUUAUAAGAGCUGAAGUGCACUAAAAUUAAUAUUUUUUUUAAUUCAAGGAUUAUCGCAAACAUUAUUUUCUUAACUGUGAAAAUUAUUUUUAUAAAAAAUGUUCAUUAUGUAUGAUUUAUAUCCAUAAAAUGAAAAUAUUUUUAUUAAA